AAUAUUUAUACUCAAAUAUAAAAAUAAUAACAAUGUCCGGGCAUUGGUACAUUUACCUUACUUGGUCAUUAUUCAAAUUGUUUUAACUUGUCAACGGUAUGCUAAUUGUAUAUCUCUAUGUAUACGUAUAUGUCAUAUAUAUAUGUUUACUACUCGACAGAGAGGUCAUACCGUUUAUGUGUGCGCGACUCUCUCACAUGUCUUGCGAUGCCAGACCACUUUUGUUAACCUAAAAAUGGCUGCUGCGCAGAAAUUCGCCCGGUUUCUGCAAAGGACAAGAUUUUUCAAUAAAAACUAUUAUACGAGUGAGAAUGGACGUGUACGAUUGUUUUGUACGAUAGCACAGCAGCCGAAGACGUUGAAUUUAAUGAAACUCAGUAUAAUCGGUGCCGCUACCGGUAUCGUCCUAGGUGGUACUUACGCUUAUUACGAGAUCGAAAAAACCAGGAAAAACAUCGACUUGGAAGGAACGUUGCAAGAGACCGUGUUGCUGAAGCAUAAACCGCCCAUUGCACCGUCUAGAAAAAUUGUAUCACCGGUAGACAAUACUGGCUUGAAACUUACGUUAUUUCAGUAUCAAACGUGCCCAUUUUGCUCUAAGGUUAGAGUUUUCUUGGAUUACUAUGGAAUAUCUUAUGACAUUGUGGAAGUUAACCCAGUACUUCGUAAGGAGAUUGGAUGGUCUUCUUAUAAAAAAGUUCCAAUUCUCUUGACUAAAGUAGAGGAAGGCUAUCAACCUUUAAAUGACAGUACUAUGAUAAUAUCUCUUGUUGCAUCCCAUUUACAUGAUCCAUCUUAUAAAAUUGAGAAUUUAGCUGUCUAUUAUCCAAAUGUAGGAAUGCACGAUGAAGAAGGCAACUUUAAAUUUGAGAUCAUAAAUAAGUAUUUUCUCAUGUUUAAUAAGCAACUUCCAAAAGACAGGACAAUAAAUGAUAUAAACGAAGAACGUAAGUGGAGAAGAUGGGCAGAUGAUGUUUUUGUUCAUGUACUUUCACCAAAUGUAUACAGGACAAUCGAUGAAUCUUAUAGGACAUUCAGAUGGUUUUCAGAUAUUGGAAAAUGGGAGGAGUAUUUUCCAUCAUGGGAACGAAUAUUAGUAGUGAACGUCGGUGCAACGGCAAUGUGGCUAAUUGGGAAAAGACUUAAGAAGAGACAUCGUCUAAAGAACGACGUUCGACAGUCGUUGUACGACGAAGCGAACUAUUGGCUGCGCAACAUAAACGCACGCGGCACCACGUUCAUGGGCGGUAACAAGCCUGAUCUGUCUGAUUUAGCGGUGUACGGUGUCUUGAAAAGCAUCGAAGGCUGUGACGCUUUCCAAGAUUUAUUAGCGAACACAAAAAUCGGCGUUUGGUACAACGCUAUGAAGGAACAAGUCGAUACACAUGGUGGAAGCGCGAAAUUAAGCAGAUAAUACCAUUCACUGUCGCACCGUGUACAGAGUUACUUAUUAACACAAUAAACGACAAGUACUGAUAUGCUUAUAUUCAGUAAGAAUACAUAACGUGUGUCACGCGUGUAAUUUACUUAAACUGCGCAAGGUAGCUGACGGAACAUUAGUCUGAAGCCUUUAUUUUGAACGUCUAUCAUUUCAUCGCCGUCCGUGACGACGUAGAGUACGAACGGUUUCAAGUCCGCUGAAAGUUGAAUACAAGACAAAUUAGUAUCAGCAUAAUUGAACAUUUGGUUUUAGUAUAGCUUGAGCACUCUCCUCGAUGCAGUUUGAAAUUAUUAGCGAAUAUAUAUAAUAUAUAAUAUAUAUUAUAUUUAUUUAUUAGGUUCAAUGAGAGAACCAACUUCUUGACAAUUAAACAAAAGCAAGUUUUUUUAUUAGAACAUCGACAGAGUUUCAAGAUAUAUCGAGAAAAAAUGUUCAAACCGUAUUGAAACCAAGUCGUGUGUAGCACAGCGCACUGUACAACUACACUUGCGUGAACUCACAUGUUUUAGUAAUAAAUCCAUUUCCGCAAAACCUGUCUGUAUUAGUCGGCACGCCGUUUUCACGCGGACCAGGUAUAAUUACGAAAUCUUGCAUGCACAUAUCGCCAGAUUCCGCUACUAAAUCCGUGCCUGUUGAAACAAUAAUUAAAUGUUCUAAUGAAUGAGAAAGUAUUUGUACUUGAUAAUAUGUAAUCCGUUAGAUUUGUAAUAGAAAAUUUUCAAAAAAGAUUACUCUUAAGCACUGAAAGAUCGCCGUUAAAAAUUGUUACAUGUUAUCGACAAUUGUCACAUCUCACCUAUUAUAUCUGGACCAAACACUUCCGUGUCGCCGGAGACAGAGAAGGAGAAUAUAUCCACUUGCGACCACUCGAUACUGCAAUAACCCAAAGCCAUUCUAAUGCACACGCCGUAACGAUGAUUCACCAUUUGCCGCGUUCCAAUUUGAGGAGCUAAAACGAUUCCCCAUUCAAACCGAUCGUUCGCAGUUUCCUGUAAUAUUCGAUCGACGCGUACCUCGUACGUUUUCCGUUGUACCGAAGUUAAAGCUCAUCACGACACCAGAGACAGUCUUGUGAUAUUGCAAACAUCCGUUAGGAGCUGAAGCGAAGUGACGAGUUACAACUUCGUAUAGGUUUCUGCAAAAAAUAAUAACGACAGUUUGCACGUACCUCUACAGACGGAAUCGCACGGUAUUUGUUGAAUCCGUAUGUUCCAGCGCCGAUCAAACACGUAAUCCGCGUUGGUAUCGACGGAUAUCAUGAUCGGCGUUGCUCCAUUGAAGUCGACGUACACUGAAACAAUUGUCAACACGUUGAAUGGCACGACAUCAUAUAAUUAAUACAUACCGAGUAUAAGAUGUAAUUACUUUGAAAAAUCAAUGUAAGUUGGCAAUAGCAAGUCAAUGAAACGAAAUGAAGGAUA